GGAUCCUCGCAAUGGUGUCCCCGGUCCCUCAGAUGCGCUUCGACGACCACGAUGACUUCAGCUCCGGGCAGCCGUCCCCGGACUACGCCGCUGGGGGGACGCUGCUGGACUCGGGCAUCCUCGGGGCGAGGCCGAAGGAGCGGCUGUCGGAGGAAGCCAAGCUCGCCGCCAAGAUCCAAGCGAAACGGAACGCGGACGCCGAGCGUCGGGCUCG